AUGGGCAACUAUAAAUCGCGGCCGUUGACUUCUUGUUCAGAUGAGUUGAAAAAGAAAAUAUCGGAAGGUUAUUCGGUUGUAAGAAGUCGAUUAAAUGAUGAUAUCCGACCGAGAACUACUACUGGUUGGAAUGAAUUACAGAUUGCUGCGUUGUAAGUUAUAGAAACUGGGGGAGAGGCGGUCUCUUUGAAAAUUAUUCUCUCCGUUUUUUUUUUCAGCGAAAAAUCACCUGAAGAUUUCAAAAAUCUUCUGAAAUUGGAAAACGUUGAAUCAACAUCAUCUCAAUCGUUAACCCUUGUUCAUAUCAUUUGUGCUGGUCACAGUAAUUCGGUAACCCCACAUUCACAAUUUUAUCGUUUUCAUUACAUUUUUCCUUUCAGCAAUGUCAAAAACUGCAAUCAAUAUUCGAAAUUCUCGAAGAAGAUCGAAAAAAGUCAUUGAUCUCCUCAAUCAGUUCGAAUGGUUUUUCUGCUUUGCAUAUUGCAAUUUAUAAAGGGGAUAAAGAUCUUGUCAGUUUUCUGAUAUCUUCUGAAGUCGAUUUGAAUCAAUCGGGUCGUCAUAAAUUGCCGCCAUUGCAUUUGGCAUCAAUGACUGGUGAUGUCGAUAUUUUGACACUUCUUUUGGAUGGUGGAGCUGAUAUUCAUUCGACUGAUUUUGUACAUUUUACAUCCUUGCAUUGUGCUACUUAUUUUAGUAACGAAAAUGUAAGUGAAGAAUUUUGUGAGCUGGAGGUUUUUUUCGACUCACCAAGUUUUUAAUGGUAUCUAGGAUUUCUUAACUAUUGUAAUCUUGAUCCACUUUGAUCUACAGUAGUCAGUUCUUUUAAAUUUUCAAGUGGACCAGAAAAAAUUCUAACCACCCAUCUCUCACCCUUCAUUGUUUUUCCGAAUUUCAGAUAGUUCGAGUUUUAUUAUCUCGUGGAGCAGAUGCAAAUCUUGGCGGAGCUGUCAAUGAUCGACCAAUUCAUCUGGCAGCUGCAAAAGGUCUUGCAGCAAUUUCGAAACUUUUAUUGGACUCAAAAGCAGAUCGUGAGUUUUUCCUUGUUCUUCUCUAUCGAUACUUUAAUAAAAAAAAGAAUUUCAGCACUUUUGGCUGAUGAUGAGGGAAAUCAAUCAUUGCAUUAUGCUGCAAAAUCAGCGAAUUUGACAGUUCUCAAUUUGUUACUCAAAUAUGUUCGUGGAAAUCAUGAGGUAUAUCAGUUAACUCAAUCUAAAUUUCAAAAUAUAUGUCAAAAGAAAUUUUUGUAGAGGAUAUGCGCACGUAAUUUAUACGGCGACACCGCCCUUCAUCUUGCGUGUUAUUCUGGUCGACUUGAUGUUGUGAAAACGCUUCUCGAAUGUUCGCCAACAAACAUCGUGAAUCUGGAAAAUGUGUUCAGCGAAACAGCGUUGCAUGCUGCGUCCACAGGUGGAAAAUCGAUUGAACUCGUUGCUUUUCUUUGUAAAUAUCCGGGAGUUGAUCCAAAUUAUCAAGGGCAAGAUGGACAUACUGCACUGCAUUCUGCGUGUUAUCAUGGGCAUCUGAGGAUUGUGCAGUAUUUAUUGGAGAAUGGGGCUGAUCAAAGUUUGGCGUCGAGAGCAUUUGAGGGAGGAGCAUUGAGACAACAAGCUGGAAAUUCUGUUGGAGCGAGAAUGUCGAAAGUUGCGAGUGCGAUUAUGGCAUUGAAUAGAAGUGAUACACCGUCUUCAAAUGCUUCAUACAACUCGACUAUUUCAAUUGAUGUAAGUGUUGAUUAUUCGAAAAAAAAGCAGAUACUGAAGGGCAUUUUUUACAAACCCCCUGAACUUUUUUCCUAUUUGAAAUUUUCAGGAUCAACAGACUCCAGUCAUCUGGGCUUAUGAACGUGGACAUGACGCAAUUGUGGCACUUCUGAAACACUACGCUAAUCGAACAACCGAAGGAGAUGUUUGUAGUGAAUACAGUUCCGGUGAAUCAUCUUACACACCACUUCCAUCUCCAAUGGGAAGACUAACAUCAUUAACUCGCGAUAAGGCUGAACUCCUCCAACUGCGAUCAGCUCUCCCAGCUCCGUUUCAUUUGUGUCUAGCUGAGGUCGAUUUUCAAGAAUCGAUUGGUGCUGGAUCAUUCGGAAAAGUUUAUAAAGGGACUUAUCGUGGAAAAUUGGUAGCAGUGAAAAGAUAUCGAGCAAUGGCAUUUGGAUGUAAAUCAGAAACUGAUAUGUUAUGUAGAGAAGUUUCGAUUUUAUCAAGACUUUCGCAUCCGAAUAUUGUUGCGUUUGUUGGAACUUCGCUAGAUGAUCCAAGUGUAAGUUUUAAUGUUGGAUGAAGCUUAUAACUUUGAUUUUUUCAGCAAUUUGCAAUAGUCACCGAGUUUGUAGAAAAUGGUUCAUUAUUUCAUUUGUUACACGAAGAAAAACGAGUUCUAGAUCCAGAUUUUCGGUUACGAGUUAGUCUUGAUAUUGCAAGAGGAAUGUUAUAUCUUCAUGAAAGUGCUGCAAAACCAGUUAUUCAUAGGUGAGCAGAUUUUAAAGAAAAGUGGGAGCUUCAGUUUAAAGGCUGCAGAUCUAAACUUUCGUAAUCCAAAAAAAAAUAUUUAUUCCAGAGAUUUGAAUAGUCACAAUAUUCUUAUCCACAACGAUGGUCGAAGUGUUGUUGCCGAUUUUGGAGAAUCUAGAUUUGCUAGUCAACGAGAAAACGAGAAUCUUACUAAACAACCUGGAAAUUUGCGUUGGAUGGCUCCUGAAGUAUUUUCACAAUCUGGAAAAUAUGACAGAAAAGUGGAUGUAUUCAGUUUUGGUUUAGUUGUUUGGGAAAUUCAUACAGCUGAAUUACCAUUCGCAAAUCUGAAACCAGCCGCUGCGGCAGCGGAAAUGACGUAUAAACGGGGAAGACCAACAUUGCCAAAUCAACCAACUCCACAAUUUCCUGCUCAUAUUCUCAAUCUAAUUCCACAAGCAUGGCAUCCUGAGCCUGAAUUUCGACCGGAAUUCUCGCAAAUUGUUACACUUUUAGAGCCGCAUGUAGUUGAUGCUCACACAGAUAUUCUAGCGCCUUCAACAGUUUCACAACUCAAAACUCAGUGGGAACAAUUGAGUAUUGCACCACCGCCAAGACAAGGAUUCCCACCAAUGUUGUCUUCGUUACACGGUAUUUCGUCGAGUGGAACUGUUGAGGAACUUAGACAAAGGAUUGAUAGUAACGGUUAUGUUAUUAAUAAAUAA